AUGAUUUUCUUAAACGAAUUGACAAAUCAUCUGCAAUGUGUGAGUCGAAGUCGUUCUUAUGAGUCAGCUGUACGCACAUAUAGAAUAACGCAAGAUCCAGAAACAUCAAAUUAUAUGAUGGUAAUGAAAUUUAUGGAUGAAGGAAAUCUAAGAACUAAUUUAAGAAUAAAAUCUUAUCAAAAAUAUCAUAGUUUAGUGUAUAUUGCAAAAGCACUUUUAACUUUACACAAGCGUAAUUUAGUUCAUGAUGAUUUUCAUAGUGGAAAUGUACUUCUAAGUAGUAUCGGUAACCGACAUGUUAUAAGCGAUUUUGGAUUAAGUAGACCAGUAAAUAAAACUGCUAUUACAAAUGAAAUUUAUGGAGUAAUUCUUUACAUAGCUCCAGAAGUAUUGCGUGGAAAGCUAUAUACUAAAGCUUCUGAUAUUUAUUCUUUUGGAAUUAUUAUGUGGGAACUUACAUCUGGUAUUCCUGUUUUCAACAAUAGACCUCAUGAUUUUGACCUUUCUUUAGAUAUUUGUAAAGGAUUGAGACCGAAAAUUGUUGAAGACACAUUACCCGCUAUAUAUGUUAUAUAUGUAAGAUUAAUGAAGAGGUGUUGGGAUUCUGAUCCUAAUAAAAGACCAACAGCUGACGAAACCAUUCCAUACUAA